ACUAAAGUAGGCACAAGGGAGUAGGGAUAUGGAUUAUGGUUAUGGCUUUGUUUAUUAAACAUUUUUCCUAGUUCCUACUAAUAACUAAAAUUACAAAUCCCAAUUACCUUUUGCCCUAAAAUCCAUUAUAAAUAUUGUAAUACUUUGGCUACAAAAGUUAUUCCUUAUUGUAUUUUCUAAUCGAAUCGUUCAUAGUGUUACAACAUCAUUUUAUUUGUUAGUUGCCCAGUGUUGUGUUGAUUGUGUGUAUGUAGUCCUAUAUAACCCAUAACCCUUAAUAUAUACUUAGGGGUAUACUAUUUGAUAAGUUGUUUGCAUAACAUAGGAUGGCCGAAAAACAGUGUUGCAUAGAAAAUUGUACUUCCUCAUCAUCAAGAAAUGAAGACGUUGGAGUGACAUAUCAUAAGUUUCCCAAAGAUCUAGAUAUUUACAAUAGUUGGAUUCGUAUUACCCAUACAAGACCUAACACUCACAAUAAUUUGUAUGUGUGUUCAAGGCAUUUUUGUAAAAGUGAUUUUCAAGUGUAUCAAGAAUCAAAAUAUGUACUAAAGUCAGGAGCACUGCCAUCAAUAUUUCCUUGGACAAUGGCAGAAGACAAUGACUUUCCUGAGGCUCAAAUUGGCAGUUUAUUUAAAGAUGAUAAUUUUAAUACAUCCAAUAGCAUCAAAGAAGCAGACCCAGAGAAUAUAGACUCAAUAAAGAAAUUCAUUGAAGGUCAACAUCAAAUGACAGAGAAUGUUGACAAAAUGAACACUUUAAGCGACUUAAACCUAAGUGUAACAGCUUUAGAUGUAAUACACAAGUCCCAAGAGACACCAAUAAUAGCUAAUACUGUUAUGAAUAUGAUUAUUAAUAGUUCAAAUGCCAAGGUAAAUCAAAAAGAAGAAAUUAAAUAUAACGUAAACCACUGUGAUAAGGGCACAGUGUCAUUGAAAGUUGGCAGUAAAGUGGAAGCAAAAGACUUUGGUGGUCAGUGGCAUGCUGCAUCUAUAGUUGAAGUUGAUUAUGAUGAGGUGGAGGUCUUAGUUCAUUAUGAAAAUUCUACUAAUAUGCCAGAUGAAUGGAUAAGCGUGAAUAGUUCUCGUUUGCGACCUUUUAAAUUAAAUCGCCCCACUGAAGUAGCGACGCCAAAUAUGCCGCCAAAACCCACUGGACAGAGUACAGAAAUUCUUCCUAAAGAUGAAAUUAAGGUGGAAGAAAAGAAAAAAGUAACUUUUAUUGAAGGAGAGAGGUGUUUAGCGCGUUGGAGAGACAAUAAAAGGUUUAUGGCUACGAUUCAGAAUGCCUUGGGUCAUGGUCAAUAUGAAAUUGUGUUUGAUGAUGGGUUCCAGUGGAAAUGUUCAGUUACAAGGUUGCAUAAAUUAAAAGAUUCCUCCGGAAAACCUUUUGAGAAUCUAUCGGUAGAUACAUCAAUGUCACCGAGCACUUCAGCGUUAUCUCCGCUGUCACCAGGCAUUGGGCCGCUUAGUAAGCCGGCAUUCCAUACGCACCUCUUUGAUCCCACCAGAGACUACUUAGGAUCCAAAAGCGAGCGUCGGGAAAUGAAAAGAAAACUUAAUAUUAAGGAAAUUUUUAAUAUCGGUCAGAAAAAGCGGAAAAUAAAGCCAGAAAACACUGAACCAAAAAGUAUAAAAAGGACAAUAAAAAUUGAACCUAAACCUGAGGAAAUUAAGAAAGAAUUACCGGACGCAGUUGCAUCAAUUAUUGGUACUGUAGAUGGUAAGGAGCCCGAAGACACAAAACUAGAAACACCUGAAAGCAACGAUGAAGGUGAUGAAAAAAUAACUCUGGAUGAUAUCAUUACUCCAAAGGAAGCUUCGUACUGGUCAGACUCUGAUGCUGCUAACCGCUCGGACCCGGUUUCUAAUGAAGAAGAUACUCUAGAACAAUUCGAUAAUCCCGACGAAAGUAUAAACGAAGCAGUAAUUGAUAAAAUGAAAGAAGUAAUCAGUAAACUAGAAGAUAGUUUGAAUAAAGUGGAAAGUAUAGAAGACGUAAAAGAAACACCAGAGCCAGAAAUAAAUCUCGAAGUCAUACAAGUCGAUCCUAAUGACGUGGAAAUUGAUAUAGAAACGGAAGAAAUAGAUAAAAUUGAAACGAAAAUUGAAGAUGAAAUCAAAACAGAACAAACAACUGAACCAAAUGAUGUAAAUAGACAGGUGAAAAUCGAAGAAAAACCGAAGAAGUUAACAUCCAAAGUAAAGAAGAGUAAAAAGUUGAGGUUGUUACAGGAGAAAAAGGUUAAAAAGCAGGUUGAGAAGGUUAAGAAUGAGUUGGAAGAGAUGAAAAAGCAGGUAGAGGAAAUGAGAAAGCAAAUGUUGCAGAAGACAGAAGAACUUGCUACGCAUCAACAGCAGCGUGCAGCACCGAACGAAAUGCCAAUAAGUUUCCUCUUGCCGGGUGAGUGGUGUUGUCGGUGGGUUAAUGGUGAACCAGUGGGACAAGUUCACGAGACGGUUGAGCCCCGUGGAGACACCCAAAAAAAACCCGCGUUGCCACGACGCACUGUGAUGGUGGAAGAUAAACGACUACCCGAAGGUUGGAAGAAAAUUAUGGUGAGAAGGAGUUUGGGACAAUCUGCUGGAAAAUGGGACGUCGUUUUACUCAGUCCGGAUCAAAAGAGAUUCCAUACAAAGCAAGAGAUGAGAACUUACCUCGAUCAAACUCAAGGCGAGUUUAAAGCUUACGAAAACGCUUUAUUGGACUUUGGGGUACAUCUGAAGUUGUCCCGAAGAAUGGGAUGGGUUUCAAACACUGGACCCUCCAAUGCACCCGUUUCGAAUGUUUCACCAUUUGUAAAUAGAAAGAAAUUGAGCACCAAAGAUGGGAAAAAGAGGCUGAAGAUACGGAAGCCAAAUUAUAUCUUACAAAGACAAGGAGAAAUAGGAGAACCAUCAGAAAUAUCUGGUAAAACGAAAGAAACGGAUCUUGAUAUGCAAAAUCCUCCAAUUGAAAAUGGAUUUAUAUACGUCGGAUCUCUCAAAGUCCAAGUAAUUGACAGCUUACUGAGAUGUCCCGCGGAAGGUUGUCUCAAGAACUUCAGAAAUAACACCCUCUUAAAAAUGCAUAUAAAGCAUUAUCAUCGCGAGUUAAAGAAAAUGUUGGGUAAAACUCCAAAAGUCUUAGAUCUGGCCUACGCUCGAACGAGGCCCACCGGCGAGAAAGUCAAAAAGAAAGUUAUCAAAGUGAAAAUUCCUAGAGUUCAAAAAUCUGUUUUCGUCGAUCCUAAACUGGAAGUGAGCGAGCCACAACCGGAACUACGCAUCAACGUAACCCCAUUACCCAUGGAAGAGACACAGGAAGAUUCGCCAAAACUUCGCCAAGCGCUUAUACCAAAACCGGUAAAGCGUCCAAAAGUGUUAUUACCGGUUCGUAAACCGGAACAGGAGGUCUCCGAAGACGAUAAAACGGAAUUGGAGUGUGUCGAUUUCGAGGCUGCCAUAUCUACCCACACAGUAACAAAGCCGGGUGCUGACUUCAAACAAAUAGAAAUUAAACCUGCUUUUAGUGAGGAUGAAGAAUGGCCCUUACAUUCUGAUGUUGAAACUAGAUCUAGUUUCCCUGGUUCUGGUACUCCGGACUCAAAGACAAUGGAUAAAGUGGCAACACCUAACCUAGGUGUAUCACCAGAGUCAAACGAAGAGGCGAAGGAAGGGGAACUAUACAUGUUAUCGGAAACUGGUGAACGAAUUAAGAUCGAGCGUAUGAAGCGUGAAGAGAUAAUAAAUUGCCAUUGCGGCUUCCGGGAAGAAGAUGGACUUAUGGUACAAUGCGAACUGUGUUUGUGUUGGCAACACGCGCUUUGCCAUAAUAUUCACACUGAGGGAGAGGUACCAGAAAAAUACACGUGCAGCAUUUGUUUGAAUCCGAAACGCGGUCGUCGGUCAAAGCGUUUCCUACACGAUCAAGACAGAUUGUACGAGGGCCUACUCCCUGGGGCUAAGCCCUGUGAAUUCCUGCGCCGCUCUCAUGAGCUCUCUGGCAAUUUGCUGCGAAUACAGGACGCUUUACAUGCUAUGCGAGUCAAGUACUAUGUCACAACCAAAAAGAACCAUCCAAAACUAUACCUAUGGGCCAAAGACUGGGAAAACGCUGAAUUGAAUUUCACGCAAGAGAGACUGAAUUCCGAUUAUUCUGAUCUCAACAUUAUCAUAAAUAAUAUUGGGAAAGAGAAUUUGCCAGUUAAAAGUCAAGAUGAGGAAAGGGAGGCACUUCUCAAUCUCCCUGGAUCAAUUCCUGGAGUGCCUUUAGACUUUCCUAUUAGUACCACGGAGUUAGAGAGAAUGGCCAAGUCUUUACAAGAGCAAGAAUCCCCUGUGUCAGCCCCACAACCUGAAGCACCAAUUGAUAAUAAUGUUUGUCGGGAACGAUUACUAAGACAUGUACAAAGAUGUCAGGCGCUUAUUGAUGCAAGACUUGACUCUAUUGAAGCGCAGGUUGCUGAAUUGGAAUCCCAAGAUCCUUCAUUUGAAGAUGAUGAAACCGCAGACUACUUCCCACGAACAAAACAAACCAUUCAAAUGUUGAUGCGAGAUCUUGAAAGUAUGGAAGAGUUGGGUGUUAUAACUUGAAACAAUUUUAAUCAUUUGUAGAUGUUUAAAAACUUGUAGAUUAAGUUGAUUUUUGUGUAUUACAAUAGGAUAAAUAAAGCAAAGCUUUAAAAAAAUAUAAUGAAAAGCAAUGUCAUUUUA